GGAGGCGGUGGGAAUCAGAAGUUUGGAGAGCCUGGGCCUGAGGUCAAGAGUCAGUCCAGGGCCAGAGGAGGAGAUGGUGAAGCAGACGAUCCAGAUUUUCGCCAGGGUGAAGCCCACUGUCCGGAAGCAGCCGCAAGGGAUUUAUUCCAUAGAUGAAGACGAAAAAGUAGCACCAAGCUUGGAAAUUAUCUUGCCUCGUGAUUUGGCAGAUGGAUUUGUGAAUAAUAAGCGAGAAAGCUACAGAUUUAAAUUUCAAAGGAUUUUUGAUCAAGAUACAAACCAAGAAACCAUUUUUGAAAACAUUGCCAAGCCCGUGGCUGAGAGCGUCCUGGCCGGUUACAAUGGCACCAUCUUUGCAUACGGGCAAACAGGCAGCGGUAAGACCUUCACCAUCACGGGUGGGGCAGAGCGCUACUGCGACAGAGGCAUUAUCCCAAGGACACUGUCCUACAUUUUUGAGGAAUUGCAAAAGGACAGCAGCAAAAUAUACACCACGCACAUCUCUUACUUGGAAAUCUACAAUGAAUGUGGCUAUGAUCUCUUGGAUCCAAGACACGAAGCCUCUAGUUUGGAAGACUUGCCGAAAGUGACAAUCUUGGAGGACCCUGACCAGAACAUUCACCUGAAAAACCUGUCUCGCCAUCAGGCAACCACGGAGGAAGAGGCGCUGAACCUGCUUUUCUUGGGAGACACCAACAGGAUGAUUGCAGAGACUCCUAUGAACCAAGCUUCCACUCGUUCCCACUGCAUUUUCACUGUUCACUUGUCAAGCAAAGAACCGGGAUCUGCAACUGUCCGACAUGCCAAACUUCAUCUGGUGGACCUGGCUGGUUCCGAGCGAGUCGCAAAGACUGGAGUUGGGGGCCAGCUCCUGACAGAGGCCAAGUACAUCAACCUGUCUCUGCAUUACUUAGAACAGGUCAUCAUUGCCCUUUCAGAAAAGCACCGUUCGCACAUCCCCUACAGGAACUCCAUGAUGACCAGCGUCCUGAGAGACAGUUUGGGAGGGAACUGCAUGACGACCAUGAUUGCAACGCUCUCGCUGGAGAAAAGGAACAUCGACGAGUCUAUAUCUACCUGCAGAUUUGCACAGCGGGUGGCGCUCAUAAAGAACGAAGCUGUUCUUAAUGAAGAAAUUGACCCCAGGCUGAUGAUCGCACGCCUGCAGAAGGAAAUCCAGGAGCUGAAGGAUGAGCUGGCCCUGGUCUCCGGGGAGCCACGGACCGAGGUGCUCACAGAGGAGGAGCUUCUCCUGUUGGAAAAACAAAUAACAUCCUUUUUGGAAGACCGGGACCCAGAGAGCAGACUAGAGGUUGGCGCCGAUAUGCGUAAAAUUCAUCACUGUUUCCGUCAUUUAAAGAAACUACUAAUGGACAAGAAGGGUGAUGAAACAAACACAAUGUCCUCUGAAAUCAAAGACCAAGACUGCCAGGAGCCACUGAAAGAGGAGGAAUAUAAAAAACUACGAGAUAUUCUACAGCAGAGAGAUAAUGAAAUCAAUAUUCUGGUCAACAUGCUAAAGAAGGAAAAGAAGAAAGUUCAGGAUGCCCUCCACGGAUCUGGCAUGGAUAGAAACGAAUCUAGACGUACACAGAGCUCGCCCCUCCCCCCAGGGAACCCGGAGGGUCCAAGGACAUUGCCACCCUCAGCUCCCACCCAGGCCCAAGAUUCUACCACUUUUGGGCACAGAUCCAAUUUGCUCCACAGAAAAACAGGGAUGAGAGAGGAAAUGUCAUUAGGACGCCAGGAGGCCUUUGAAAUCUUUAAGAGGGACCACGCUGACAGCGUGACCAUCGAAGACAACAAACAGAUUCUGAAGCAGAGAUUUUCUGAAGCAAAGGCCCUGGGAGAAAAUAUAAAUGAAACCAGAAGUAAAAUCGGUCACCUGAAGGAGGAAAUCACCCAGCGGCACCUGCAGCAAGCAGCUCUAGGUAUCGCAGAGAACAUGCCCAUGCCCGCCGAGCCAGACCUGCACGAAGAGAAGCUGCGGUCACAGCUGGAGGAGGAAAAGAGGAGGUAUAAAACCAUGUUCACACGCCUGAAGGCCCUGAAGGUGGAGAUCGAGCACCUGCAGCUGCUCAUGGACAGAGCCAAGGUGAAGCUGCAGAAGGAGUUUGAGACCUGGUGGGCAGCGGAGGCCAGCAGCCUGCAGGUGGAGUCUGCCGCAGGGAACUCACUCAGCCACAGGCAGCCGCUUGCCCCCAGGUCCGGAUCCCAGCACGAGAAGCCCCCACUUCUUUCUAACCAAAGCAUCGUGAAUGCCAGGAAAAUUCUGCCCUCGCCUCGCCCCAUCCUGCCCAACCCGGAGCAGAAGGACCCUCGUGCCUCCCUGGAUGACAGCACCCCUGAGAGGCGCUCCUCGUCCGUCCCUCUCACCGGAGACAGCCAGACGGAUUCCGACAUCCUGGCAUUCAUCAAGGCCAGACAGAACGUUCUGCAGAAGAAAUGUUCCCAGUGAGGGUCCAGUGAGAACGGGAGACAGACGACGGCCGCCUCACUCACCGGCUUCAGAAGUGACCUGCUGGGAGCAGCCAGUGACUUUGACUUCAGUGGAGAAGGCUAUUUCUUUAGGGCUGUGUCCGGGCGGCUGCCGGGAGGCUGGGGCCACUAGCUGUAGGCACUGGAGCUGCUGGCAGGCUGUGCGGGGCCAGGGAGCUGGGGCCGGGCCGGGCUGCUGCUCACUCACAGACAGGAAGUAGCACCAGGCAGGGCAAGGGCUCAUAUGGGGGGGAUGGGGCAAUAAUAGUCAUUUCCAGCUGUUUACCAGCCUACCCCCUGGCACAGGAAUAGGCCAGGCUGUAGGCCGGAGCCAAAGGCAGGGUAGUGGAAUGCAGGGCAUCGGGAUGGCCAGUUCCAGUUUGUCGGCCAUCACCCUAAUGCCCGGCUGACCCAAAGGUAGCAUCUGCAUGAGCUGUGUCGCCAGGGAGCCACCCUCCCUGCGGUCUAAGGACAUGGCAGCACCCAGAGAGCCAAGGGCAGCUCAGGAGCUCUGCAGUGUGGGCGCCCUGAGGCGCUGCAGGAUUUGAGCCACAACUCCCACUCCAUGAGGGAAACAGCGGCCGGGGUCUUGUCUCAGUGAGACUCCCGCACUCCAGGCCCUGGCUCUUGGUGCUGAGCUGGUGGAGGAUGGCCCGACCCUUAGGGGGCAGUGGGCAGGGCUGCAUGAAUGGACGGGGAGAGGAAUGGUGCCUGGAAAUGAAGCUGGCAGAAUAAAAGUGUUUGUCCGCUGCUUCUAUUCUCUCCUUCCCAGGGUUUAUUUCCCUCUUCUCAGGACCGGCUGAAAGGGUCAUGCAGAAGAAGAGGGGUCCUCGAAUUUCAAAGUUAGGCAGGCCCCAUCGGCUCCCCUAACCCACACUCUCAUUUACAUAACCAGGGAACUGAAGCAAAGGGGGGGCCCUGGCUUGCUGAUGUGUGGCCAGUUAGUGAAAAAGCCCCCUCCUUGGGGGGCUGUCCCUGAUCACCCCAAGUAGCGGUACCCCUAGUUACCCUCUAACCCAUGACUCUGUCCUACUUUCUUCAUCACUGUCUGAUGUAUCAUCUUUAUUGGCUUAUCUUCUAUGGCCUGCAGCCCCCACCCACAGGACUGAAAGCUCCCUGACAGCAGGGACCUGUCUCCCUUGUGCUCAUGGAUCCCCAGCAGGAGUCGGUACUCAGCGACUCCUCUUCGGUGGGUGAGUGGGGAUCAGAGCCCAGAGCCCCUGCUUUUCAGCUGGUGUCACCCCACAGCUUGGUGCAAUCGCUCUGCUCACUCUGGCUCCCAGUUCAGUGGCACAAAGUACCAAGUAAGAACUAGACAGCAUGUAUAUAAAACAUGGCUUUUAGAUGUUGAGAAACGGCAGGAGAGGACAUUGAUAUCCAAAGGAAGAGAAUCAAAUGCGGAGGCCCUGUGACUAUGACGCCCCAACUCACUACCUGCAGAGUCCAAGCUGCAGUUCAGGAGGGGAGCCAGGUGGUGCCUCCUGGUUGAGGGAAUGGAGCUGGCAGACCAGGGAGGCCAAGGGGGCUUAAAUUUGCAAGAGUGUACCAG